GAAGCGCAAGAGAAAGGUUGAUCAUUGGUUGGAAGAAAUACAAAAAACGAAACAAAGAGCUAUUGAUAUGAAAGACUCACUGAAUCAAUUUGGGUGCUUUAACUUUCAUGUACCACAGGGAGAAAUGUAUUUGGCUGAACAAUCACAAAAGAAAAUACAAUAUUUGACUGAAGAAAUUCAAGAGCAUAAGAAAUGGAAGCCUCUGGUGUUGUCUAAUGAAUAUUUUGGUAGGGAAUUUGAGAAAAAUGUUGAGAAGUUGUGGAAGCUUAUGAGAGAUGAUCGAGUUUUCAUCAUUGGCAUACAUGGAAUGGGGGGAGUGGGAAAAACAUUCCUAGCAAAUUACAUGCAAAAUGAGAUAAAAAGGAUCAAAACUUUCAAAGAUGUCUUAUGGGUCACUGUUUCUCAUUAUUUUACCAUUUUCAAAUUGCAAGAGCGCAUUGCAAAAAUAAUAAAGGUAGAGAGCUUCACACAGACGAUGAGAGGGAAAGAGCAAUGCGAUGAUCCUGAUAAUGAUUCUCAUAAUGAUUUUGAUAAUGAUGAUGAUGACGACGAGGAUUAUUGUGAUGAUUAUGAAGAAGAUUGGAUGUUAUUUUUGCUGAAACUCAAAUCUUAUGGGACACCUUUAACACUUUCCCCUCAAAUGAGGAAUAUUGCAAGAUAUGUUGUAAAGAAGUGCUAUGGUUUACCCCUUGGAAUCAGUAUGAUGGCUCGAACCAUGAAAGGGAAAACUGAUAUCCAUUGGUGGAGACAUGUGCUAAAUAAAUUUGAUAAAUUGGAGAUGGGAGUAGAUAUGGAAGAAAAAGUUUUCACUGUGUUAAGACGUAGUUAUGAUAAUUUAAGUGGAAAAGACUUGCAAAAAUGUUUCUUGUACGUUGCAUUGUUACCUAAUUCUAUGUUUAGAAACUGUUUGAUUGGGAAGCUUGUUAAUACAGAACUAUUAGAUGGAAAUAAAAGUGUGGAGGAAAUAUUUGAUGAGACAAAUGUCAUAGUGGAUGAGCUCAUAAACCAUUCUUUAUUGGAGGCCAAGGAAGCACGAGUUCCAUCAUCAGUGGAGGUACUAUCAAUGCAUGGUUUAGUGAGGAAAAUGGCCUUGAAUAUUUUGAGGGAGAGUGUUAGUAAGAUGAUGAUAAAAUGUAAUGGAAAUAUGCCAGACACACAAAAAUGGGCAAUUGAUUUGGAAGUAGUUUCUCUUGCUAGAAACAAGAUAAAAACAAUUCCAGAGGGCACAUCUCCAAAUUGUCCACGCCUAUUGACCUUACUUUUAUUUGAAAAUUACAUUACACAUAUUCCAGAGUGUUUUUUCACUCACAUGAAUGCUCUAACCACGCUUGAUCUAUCAGAAAAUUUUUUCUUAAGAUGUUUGCCUCAUUCGCUAUCUAAUUUGAGGUCUCUCACUUCUUUAAUGCUCAAUGAAUGUAACAAAUUGGAAGAUAUACCUCCGUUAGGAGAGCUACAAUCAUUGUUAAGAUUAGAGAUUUCAAAUUGUUCCAUCAGAGCACCACCGGAAGGUUUAGAAAAUCUAGUAAACUUGAAAUGGCUAGAUCUCUCCAUGAAUAAGAAUUUGAAAUUAGUAACAGGAAGUUUUCUCCCUAGUUUGACAAAAAUUCGAUACCUGGAUCUUUCGGGCUGUAUAGGAGGCAUAGGAGUAGAAGAUGUGAAGGAAAUGACUAUGCUGGAAUGUUUUGCAGGAACAUUUGUCGACCACGAUAAUUUUGACAAUUAUGUUGAAGAAAUCCUGAAUAGUACUAAUGGACCUCAAACUUAUUUCAUCCAUAUGGAUCAUGGGAGUAAGAUGUCUCUUUACAGUGAAUCUUGUCUUUCCACAUUUAAUGGUCGAAUUAUAUCUUUUAGAAAUUGCAAAGAAGUGUUAUAUGUUCUUCCUCUAAAUAUUAUGAAAUUAUUAGUGUACUGCAAUGAUUAUUGGGUAUGA